AUGCAUGUAACGAAAGUCAAUGCGGCGGCCUUCGUGCUCUUGGGAGCAUCGACUUUGACACAGGCUGCAGGCAACCAGACAGACUUCGUCCAACCAAUGCAGGGCGAAGCUCUUGGUGCCCUUAAAAAAGCAGAACCUAAUGCAGUACUGAAUAGGAAUAGUACUUGUACACUGGAGACCGCAGGAGUGCGGAGAAACUGGGAUGAUUUGGAUGCAGACCAAAGGAAAGAGUACAUCCGUGCCGUCAAGUCGCUCAACACCGGUGCCCGUGUGCGCUAUGAUGACUUCGCUGCGCAGCAUAUCAACCAAACCAUGAGCGUUCACUAUUGGAACUGGUUCUCACACCAAGACGACUUGAGAAAGUCUCCAGUGUUUGAUGGUUCAGAGACCAGCAUGGGCUCCGACGGACUCUUCGUGCCGCAUAACGGGUCCAUCGGUUCCGCCGGUCUGCACAUCCCUUCCGGUCUGGGAGGCGGCUGCAUCGCCACUGGACCUUUCGCCAAGUACGUUGCUGAUAACACGCCUCAUCCUCAACAAGAUGGCAUUGUCGGCGUCGGCACCGCCGACAAGCUCCGCUACAAUCCCCACUGCGUGAAACGAGACCUCAGCAGUUGGCUCGCGACGCGCAUCUACACCGAAGACGCCUUCCUCAACGCCACUGUCCACGACACGGCAAGUAACAUCGCCAGCUUCCAAUCCGAGAUUGACAGCCAGAGCGCGGGACUCCCGGGCAUACACGCUGGCGGCCACCAGACCAUCUCCGGUUCCAACUCGGACCUCUACUCGGGUGUUGUCGAUCCUGCUUUCUACCUGCAUCAUACUAUGGUUGACCGUAUGUACUGGCUCUGGCAAGCGCUGCACUACUCUCAGGCCAAGACAAUCUCCGGCACCAUUACGUUCGGGAACAGCCCGCCCAGUCGGAACGCUACGCUGGAGGAUAUUAUUGAGCUGCCCUUUCUGGAGGUAGAGCCUGCGACUCUUGGGGGUCUGUUGGAUACUUUAGACGGGCCCUACUGUUACAUCUACGAAUAG